UGCCCCCCACCCUUGCUCCCACCGAUGGGGUGGACGUGUACUUUGAGAGCCCGGGUGAUGAGAACGAGCACGCCCACUUCCUCCGCGCCAAGAUGGACCUGGAGGAGCGGCGCAUGAACCGGAUCAAUGAAGUGAUGAGAGAGUGGGCAGCAGCGGAUCGACGGGCGAAGAACGCUCCCAACAACGACCGGAUGGCACUGAACAAGCAUUUCCAGCAGAUCUUGGGCACCCUGGAGGAGCAGGUAGCGAAUGAGCGACAGCGGCUGACGGAAACCCACCUCUCGCGGGUGUUGGCACUGCUCAAUGACGACCGCCGCAUGGCGCUGGAGAACUACCUCACCGCGCUGCAGAGCCGUCCCCCGCAGCCCAGCCACGUGCUCCAGGCCCUGCUGCGUUACGUCCGCGCGGAACAGAAGGACCGCCGGCACUCGGUGCGCCACUACCAGCACGUGCUCAGCACUGACCCCAACCGUGCGCAGCAGAUGAAGUUCCAGGUCCUAACCCACCUGCGGGUAAUCGAGGAGCGGAUGAACCAGAGCCUGGCCCUGCUCUUUCACAUUCCCCAGCUGGCGAGGGCACUGGGAAAUGACGUGGAGGAGCUCCUCCGUGCUGAUCGGCUGGAGGCCAGUGAACUGCUGGCGCCGUCGCUCUCAGAGACGAAAUCGGAGGAGGACUCGAUGUCGGAGGAGGAGGAUGUGAGCCUGGCGUCCCCCACCGAUACUCUGCAGCCUCACUCUGAGAGCCAGGGAGACGGACCCACUCCCAAGAAAGGUAAGGUCCGACAAUGAUAUCAGAGAUCGUUUUCAUUGGUGGAUGCAUGAGCCAAUAGUAAUUGGACAAAGUACUGUUUACACCUUCUCAAACUGGAAGCAAUACUGGUCAGU